AUGGCUCAGCGUCAAGGCACUCAUGUACCCGUCGUGCGUAUGGAGGCUGAGAAAUCUCUCGGUAUCACCCAGCGCUCAAGUCCCGACAAUUUCGCCUGGAAUGGCGAUAUUCGCAAGCGCUAUACCGACUUCUUGGUUUUCGAAAUUCGGCGCGAUGGCCAUGUCCUUCAUCUCUGGGACUUCGAGGAGACCGAUGCCGCUCCCUCUCAGAAUGACACGGCCCACGUCACUUCUGUCAGCCAGGCAAAGGCUCAAGCUGACGAUAAGCCUACUGUUGAUCCGAUUUCCCCUGAGGAUCGCAACAUUUUGAUUGCUCUGGUUGGCCAACAACUCGCUGAACAACUCAUCCAGCUGGAUGAGAAGAUUCAAUCUCAGAGCACCAUGACUCCAACGGAGCGUCUGGUUCAGCUUGAUCCCAUAUCUGAUCGUGCCAAGCGCGCUACUAUUCAUCAGGAAAUCCGUCGCAUCUUUUCUUCUCGCAUUGAGACGGCUGCUAACCCAAUGGGCGUUAUCACAGCCGUUCCGUCUAAAUGGGCAACGAGCAAACGUGCUGUUAGCAUGGGUUUUCGCCGCGACAAUUCCCGUCGCGACCAGGCCCGCGAUCGCCAGGCUGGCCAGGGUGACUACCUGCAUUUCACACUCUACAAAGAGAACAAGGACACCAUGGAUGCGGUCAAUACGAUUGCCCGCCUCCUCAAGGUCAAGGCCUCCAAUUUUGGCUUCGCGGGCACCAAGGAUCGCCGUGCCGCUACGGUUCAGCGCAUCAGCGUCUACCGUCAGAAGAUUAAGAACUUGAUCUGGCUCAACUCGCGCGUCCCAAAUGUCAAGGUUGGCGAUUUCGAGUACUGCAAGGAGCCUCUUCAGCUUGGCCAGCAUGGCGGCAACGAGUUUGUCAUUGUUCUCAAGAAUUGCCAUCCCGUUGCUGCUUAUGGCAUGGACUUCACCCUCAUUCAGCGCAUGAAGAUGAUUCAGCAGGCUGUCGAGUGUGGCCUCGCCUACCUAAAACGCCAUGGUUACAUCAACUACUACGGCCUCCAGCGUUUCGGUACCCACACCAUCGGUACCCAUUACCUGGGCAUGAAGAUCCUCAAGGGCGACCUCGAGGGUUUCAUCGAAGACAUCUUGCAUGUCGAUGAGCACCUCAUCACUGAGGUUCUGAACAGCCCUAACACUCCUCCGCCGAUUACGGCAAACAAGGACACUCGCGAGGGUCGCGAGGCCCAGAACAACCGCGACGAGCUGAACCGUGCUCGCGGCAUCACCACUUGGAAGCUGACCAAGAACGCAGACAAGGCUCUCGAGUUCCUUCCCAAGCGGUACAGCUCUGAGUGUGCCAUCAUUCGCCACCUGGGCAAGGCUCCCAAGGACUUUAAUGGAGCUGUCCUGAGUAUCACCCGCGGUUUGCGGAUGAUGUACAUCCACGCUUAUCAGUCCUACGUCUGGAAUCAUGUCGCUUCUUAUCGCUGGUCCAAGUAUGGUGAACGGGUUAUUGAGGGAGAUCUUGUCAUCAUCAAGGAUUCUCUCCCCGCGCUUCGUCAGUCGGAGGACGACGAAGAUUACAAUCCCUACGAAGACCAAGAAGCGAAUGGUCCCUACACCCAGGCCCGUGCUCUUACUCUUACCGACAUUGCAAGUGGCAAGUACACCAUCUUUGACAUUGUCUUGCCUACGCCUGGUUACGAUGUUCUCUAUCCUCGUAAUGACAUCGGGGAGUAUUAUGUCGAGUUCAUGGGCCGUCCCGAGAACGGCGGCCUCAACCCUUACGAGAUGCGCCGUCGCCAACGCGAGUUCAGUCUGAGCGGUAACUACCGUCAUCUGAUCGGCCGCUUCAUCAAGGAUCCUCAAUAUGCCGUGAAGGCCUACAAUGAGGACACCGAGCAACUCUAUCCCACCGAUCUCGACUUCGCUAUACACAAGAAGACUCUCAUGGCACAGAAGAAGAAGAAGGCUCAGGCUUCGGCCAACUUGUCUGCUGCUGACAAGACAGCCAUUAGCCGCCGGCGUGACUUCUCCCAGAACCCCAGCGCCUACGAUGAGACCGUGGCUGCCGCUGCGCGUCGCCGCAAGGCUGACGAGGACCCUGAUUCUUCUGGAAACGAGAAGACACUUACCAUCAACGAGACCUACGUUCAAACUAGUGUUGAUGGCAGUGCUAAACGGAUUAAGCUUUCGCGUCACGAGUCCAUCAAGCACGAAGUUUCCAACGGCGCCGAGGCCAGCACUGAGGGUCCUUCGAUUCCCAGGCCCGCCACCCCUCCUAAGCCUUCUAUUCUUGCUACUAACCUUGCCACGCCGACAAAGUCUUCUAAGUCGAGCUCGGAGGACAUACUGUCGCCUGAACUCGAGAACGAUCCUCGUUAUCUGAAGAUCCCCGGCGCUGGUGGCGCUCCUCUCUGGACUCCUGAGCAGGAUAAAGGCAAAGAGAAGGAGAUCAUACCUGAGGCUGAGAAGCAGCCUUCUCCUCCCGAGAUCAAGGAGACGGAGCCGACUCCUCCUCGCAUCAUUGCUGACGGCCCGAUUCCCAUGGUCACCCUCCCGAAGGACGCUGUCCCUUCUUCUGGUCUUCGCGGCGUCUCUGACAGCUACUACGCCAGCACCGGAAAAGUUCCCUUCUACGGUAUUGUCCCAGCCUCUGACAAUGCCAACGAGCCCAAUGCUCCUGCCAAGCUCCUGGGCAACCCUUACAUCGAGACCACUAAGCCGGUCAUGUCGGACGUCAUGAAUUGGUACGGCGGCAAGUUGCCCAGCGUGUUAACCCCCACGACCGACGGGUCCAAAACCGACGACGCCAAGGGAAAGGAGCCUGCUGCUCAUGAGAAUAACGACGAGAUCGACCUCACCAAGGAAAAGGUCAUCAACGGCAUCCCGAUGCCUGAGUUCGUUACCGUCACCGACGACAACCCGAUCGGCAUGGCACUCCACGACAUUGACGAGGCUUCGGUCGACCCCAAUGCGCGCAAGAUUGCUGUCAUCCUCAAGUUUCAGCUCAGGCAGAGCAACUAUGCCACGGUCGUUCUCCGCGAGCUGAUGGGUACUGGUGUUGAUGGCGCUGACGAGCGUCCUAACCUCUAA